CCCUUACGCUGCGGGGCGGCAGUGUGGACGUUUACGCGACAUCGGCUUUUUGCCGGAAGUGAGAAAAUAAAGAAGGAGUGUUCCAGUGUCCAGGGGGCUUUAGCUUUAAGGUUGGGGGCUAAUUGUUUUUCAAAAGCUCAAGAGUGCUUGGAUGGCCAUAAUUCCCCGCUUUAUGAGAAGAAGCUAGAGCGCGCACGGAGGUGUGUUUCUGGUGUGUAUCCUGUGCUUUACUUGACUGGGGACUCGAAACCCAGUCUGUUAAGUUCUUCGACUUAAUCAGACAUCAUGGAGGCACCUCCGGUCACCAUGAUGCCUGUCACUGGUGGCACCAUUAACAUGAUGGAGUACCUGCUGCAGGGAAGUGUUUUAGAUCACAGCUUGGAAAGCCUCAUCCACCGCCUACGUGGUUUGUGCGACAACAUGGAACCUGAGACUUUCCUUGACCAUGAGAUGGUAUUCCUCCUUAAGGGCCAGCAGGCCAGUCCGUUUGUCUUAAGGGCCCGGCGCUCUAUGGAUAGGGCAGGGGCACCCUGGCAUCUGCGCUACCUGGGACAGCCUGAAAUGGGAGACAAGAACCGCCACGCUCUGGUGCGAAACUGCGUUGACAUUGCGACAUCUGAGAACCUUACUGACUUCCUGAUGGAAAUGGGCUUCCGCAUGGACCAUGAGUUUGUUGCCAAGGGACACCUGUUCCGCAAGGGCAUCAUGAAGAUUAUGGUAUACAAGAUAUUCCGUAUCCUGGUGCCGGGGAACACAGACAGCACUGAGGCCUUGUCGCUCUCCUAUCUGGUGGAACUAAGUGUUGUGGCACCAGCCGGGCAGGACAUGGUCUCUGAUGACAUGAGGAACUUUGCGGAGCAGUUGAAACCUCUGGUUCACCUCGAGAAAAUAGACCCCAAAAGGCUCAUGUGACUAAGACAGUCCGUCCACCAUUGGGGCUUGUCCUCACCUGUUACAAAAAAGAAGACAUUAUAAAUGUCAUAUUUCAUUACUACUAGCCAGGCAUUCUUCCCUCAGGAAGGAUGACAGUAAAAACUUAGUUGGUUCCUUGCACGGUUUUCCUCAUGUGUCAAGUUCACUUUUGUGACAGCCUUUCUAAAUUAAAGGCUCAGGAAAACAUGGAGAAAUCUGUAUAAUCCUUCUGCAUAGAGAAAGGAAAUGGGAAGAAAUGAGUCUUUAAAAAGAAAAAUCUCUUAAUUGUUUUGCUAUUUGUACAUAAGAUAUGUAAAAUAAAACUGUGAGCUCAUGUUAUGUGGGAAUAAAGGCUAUGAAGAGAAACGCCUGUAUUUCUGACUCUUUACCCCAAUACCCUGCUAAUCUGGGAUGGAUUCAUUACCAACUGGAGCAAAAAAAAUGAGUUUUUAGUUGUAAUUUUGAUAGAGAUGAUAUUUCUUACCUUUCAUGAAAGCAGCAUGUGUUGAAUAUUUUUAAAAUACAGACAAAAUUAAGAAAAAUCUGUAAUCCCAUUAUUCAAAGAGAUGUACUAUUUUUCUUUUGUUAUAUAUACAUCUAGUCUUUAU